CAGUGCCAAAGAAGAGGAAUGAAUUUACAUCAACGGCGUGCUAUUCUUCGUUAGUGAAUAUUAUAAAAAAAAGAUUUUUUUUACAACGUGCUGUUGCUGGUACAAUGCACACAAUUUUAAAGACUGUUAUAAUUUUAUCCCUUCUCGGAACUUACUGGUGUACUGGGAAUAGUGACACGGGAAAAUCUCAGGAAUUCCAGCAAGAGAAGACUGUUAGACCCACUUAUUCUAGUAGUAAUGUUAUGUCCAGGUCAGCUUCUCAGUCAAACCUGGGAGAUAUAUCACAAUCAUCAGGUCAUUUUGAGACAGGUAUUGGAGAUGGUUGCAAUGAUGAUGCUUGCUUGGCGCAAACCUCACAAGAUCGAAUUGGUUUAGAAGCUAUAAAGUCCCUCCACCGGCAACUGGAUGAUGAUGCAAAUGGCAAUGUCGAUCUGUCAGAAACAGAUGAGUUCCUGCGAGAGGAACUCAAAUUUGAAGAAGGGUUUGAGAGGAGACAGAGAGCCUUCCAUCGUAACGAUGACAUGCACAUCUCAGUUCGGGAGCUGUGGGAGGCCUGGAUACGAUCAGAGGUUCACAAUUGGACUGUUGAGCAGACCUCAGAAUGGUUGGCUACAAAUGUCGAAUUGCCACAGUACAUUCCAAGUUUUAUUCAGCAUCAAGUGACUGGAGCAACACUACCAAGGCUCGCAGUGAACAACAUGCACUAUUUGAACAAUAUCCUUGGCAUCAAAGAUCCAAUUCAUAAGCAGAAAAUAGCCCUAAAGGCUAUGGAUAUUGUGCUAUUUGGACCACCGAAAGAUUAUAGUCAUCACAUGAAAGAUCUGGUUCUGGUUACUUUACUCCUGGGUGCACUCAUUGGUUGCUGGUAUGCGUAUCGGCAAAACAAGAAUUCACGCCGGCAUCUACGGCGUAUGAUGAAGGACAUGGAAAGUCUUCACAAAGCAGAACUAGCCCUAGACCAGUUACAAAAAGAGCUGGAGCGAGCUAGAUUGGAACAGGCAUGUGUAACGUCAGAAAAGCAGAACUUGGAGAGGCAGCUGCAGCAGCAGGGGAGUGACCAAACUGAUCUCCACACCUCGUAUUCGGACCUCGAAGUCUCCCAACUCAAAGCUGAAAUAGAGAUGCUGCGUGGUGAAUUGCAAAGGGCAGAAGGAGAACUGGAAGAUCGCUGUUGGUCUCCGCCAGUUGGGCUUCAGCAGUGGCUUCAACUCACACAUGAAGUUGAGAACAAGGCAUAUAUCAAGAAAAAAAAUUCAGCGGAGAAACAGCUGCAGCAGGCUCGUGAAGCGUGUGAAAAGCUUAGGAAGAAAAGGUCGAGUCUAGUUGGCGCGUUUGUAUCUACGCACGGGAAGUCAAUAGAUGAUGUGGAUAGAAGCAUAGUUGAAGCAAGGACUUCGUUGAAUGAAGUUACCCAGGAGCUCCAGGAGAGAGUACAUCGCUGGAAACAAAUAGAAUUAUUAUGUGGUUUCAACAUUAUCAACAACAGUGGCUUGCAAUAUUUGGAAUCUGUCUUGUAUAGAGGGACAGCAAAUGGGAGAGGAACUAUGAGAGGUCGUAUGAGCAGCAGUCAAGAUGACCUUGAUGAUGACACAAGCUCGAUCUACUCACCUUCUGCAGGAUGUCUGGAGAGUCUGCAUUGGAAAGAAGGAGCGGACUCAUCGGGCAGCGAAACGGGCAAACAAGAAUUGGAUGAUGACUUUCCACAGGAUACUCACAGUUUGAGCAGUAAUGUACAUUUCACUGUUGGAGACAGCUGGGGAGAAGAGAAUGGACCAAAAUCUCAGCAACACCCACAACAGCAAAUGGUCCGAUCAUACAGUCAUGAUACAAAUAUGUCGAUUACUGAGAGAGAGGCUUCUCCACCACAGUUGUCUCAGUCAGAAACAUGUCUAGACGCCCAACGCUCUCCAUUAGCAAGAGUAACUCCAACUAAGAAAACUUCGCUGACUAAUAUGCCAUCACGAGAGCAACCCCAAGCAGAUGAUGAGACAUACUCCACUGACUCUAACUCAACAGCAGACGAAGAUCUCCGCCGAAAGAAACGCAAAUUGUUUCCAACCUUUGCCCUUAAGCACAAAUCCAAGACUUCAUGAUGACAGCAGCAACGACAGAUGAGGAAAAGUGGGGGGAAAAAAAAGCAAUAUGAAAAAAUAUAUUUCUGGGGUACACAGUUUCACUUUUGUUAUAUGCUUAUUUGUUUUGUUCUUUUGUUUAAUUCUUCCACUUCAGCUAUAUGAUGUGGAGAUCGUCAUAUAGUCUAAGCAAACCCAUCUAAACCUACAGUUUUGCUCUCUCAACUUGUGUAGUUAGAAGAUCAUCUUUCCUGCUGUUUUGUUUGUCAUUUGGGAGUUAAGGCUGGAAGCACUGAAGAACACGUACCGUAGAAGACUCUCAAUAUGCUUGUAGCUAUUGAUAACACACCCCAAUUUGAUUGAUAUAUAUAUAGAAGGGUGUUUACAUAGCUGUGAAUGUAUUUUGAAUUUUGGAGGGGGGGUAUUGGUCACUUAGAUCUUAGAUAUUUGGAGCUGUUGUAUGUAUAAUCUUCCUGUAUAGUUCCUGAUAUUUAUUUGUUCCCCUUGGCUUCCCGAUCAGCAUCCAGUCUCCAUUGCUUCCUUUGUGAAAUGGUGACCAUGAAACGAGAGUGUAUCAUGAUGAGAGGCAAGGUUGAAAUCCCGUUGGUUUAGUAAACAUGGCAGAAACCACAGGCGCGUUCUAAAGCAUCAUUCCGGCGAACAUUCUGUAAGUAAGACAUCUAAAGUGUAAGAUACUGAAGGAGUAUCUCACUGUCAGUGCAAAUAUUUUUGUGUGUUUGUAAUUUACUUACACCUUUUCAGCAAUACUGUAAUAAUUUACUGCGUUUCUUGGCUUUGUUUAUGAAAUGCUUGAAUUUAUUACAAAGCACAGUGAUACUUUUUGUGAGUUGAAGUGAUUUUAAUAUGUUCUUGCUGUUCGAACUUGGGCAUUGUAAUCGAAUUCUGUUUUGUUAGGCAUAAAUAUCAGUUUGUAGCAUUCUGGAUUGUGACAUUGUGUAAUAUUGUAGCUGGUUACGAGUGUGUAUCCAUAUACAUUACACAACUGUAAUCUACAGACUUGCAAGGAAUGCAGGAAGUCCGAAGCUUUAAAGGCUGACGCUAUCUCUCCUUCCUUCCUCAACCCGCAAGUCUCAAGAUUACAGUCGCGAACUAUAGUGGUAACCACGUAUAAGACUACACUCGUGUCACAACCCAGAAGGCCACUAUCAAAUUCUUCACUAAGGAGGAUUUGAGGUUUUCAUGGCAGAAGAACAUCUAGUCUCACUCUAAAGAUGAGAAUAUGUUCUUAAAUAUAUUAAAUCCUACCAACGCUGCAUGUAGGAAUUUCUUUUGAAAAGAAGUGGUACUAUAUGUUCUGUUUAUCCUAUGACAAAUUGUACCCCAAUAGAAACUGUUUUAUUUCUUUUCUCUGCUACUGCGACCAACUUUUUCCUUCCAUAUAUUAGUGUGUAAUUUAUAGAAAUGAUGAAAUCUCCAUCCAUUUUUUUUAGCAUCCAGUUGAUUAUGUACAGUGCGUAGUAAGUAUAGUCAUUCUGAUGCAAACCAAUAUUUUGUGUCAUUAACUGGGUUUUGGUAUUUUCUUUUCAGUUGUAGUACUUCAUAUUUGAGAAAGAAUUCAAUGUUCCUCGUCUUUGAUAACAUCAUUUAAAAAGUGUAUACAGGUACAAUUAAUUAUUCUUAUUUUUACUUCAACAUUUUAAAAUUGCAAAAAAUAUGUCAUUUAAACAGCGGCCAUUCAGAUAAAGUAUAUAGUCUUUUGAAUGACGAUAAUCAAAGCUGAACCAUGGAACAUUGACCAUUCAUCCCUACUUAAUUUUAUGUGCAGAGUUCAAAUGCAUACAAAUGUAGUUUCCUUAAAAUGACGGUUAUGUAGGACAUACUAGUAACGAAUGUAUUUAUGAUUAUAAAUGUAAAUUAAUUUAGUGCAUAAA